AGGAAUCAAUAUAAUUUGUUGCAAUAUCAUUGAUUGAAAGUUAAUUAAUGGCUUCUCAUCGGAGAUUGGUAACCGAGGAUUAUGAUUACCUCAUGAAGAUUCUUUUGAUCGGCGACAGUGGUGUUGGAAAGAGUUCACUUCUUCUACGAUUCUCUAAUAAUACUUUCACAACUAGUUUUAUUUCAACUAUAGGCAUUGAUUUUAAAGUUAGAACCAUAGAGCUUGAUGGAAAACAGAUCAAGCUACAAAUUUGGGAUACUGCAGGUCAGGAGAAGUUCCGAACAAUUACAACCGCUUACUAUCGCGGUGCUAUGGGAGUAUUGCUAGUCUAUGAUGUUACCGAUGAAUCUUCAUUUAACAAUAUUAGUAAUUGGAUUAGUAGCAUUGAGCAAAAUUCUUCGGACACUAUUGUAAACAAAAUACUGGUUGGGAACAAAGCUGACAUGGAUGAAAGCACAAGAGUGGUGCCUUUCACCAAGGGUCAAGCACUAGCCAAUGAGUACGGAAUCAAAUUCUUUGAAACAAGUGCAAAGACUAAUCGAAAUGUCGAAGAAGCUUUCGUCACAAUUGCAAGGGAUAUAAAACAAAGGCUUCCAGACAAUAUUAAGCCAAUGCCUACAAGAAUCAUAAUCAACGAACAAGAUAAGCCAACUGAAACACACGAUGAACAAAAGUCGGCAUGCUGUGGUUGAGGAAGCAGAAUUGCUGUACAAGAUCAAGAAGGAGGAAAAUACAUGUAUGGAUGAUAUUGAUGAUGACAUUUGUUUUGUGUUUAACCUUGUUAUUCUUUCAUGAUUUCUUUCUAGUAGUGAACUAAUCCAAAUUUAAAUGACAAGGUUAUU